AUGGUCGCAACUAAUGAAUCUUGGCUGAAAAGAGUCGGUCUGACUCCCGCCAAGAUAAUAUCUCUAUCUACUCUUCUGGGCCGCCCAUUUUGGUAUCUUCGCAGUUGGAUGGUGCCCUCUAGCAAGAGAUUAGCGCCGCUGAAUACACUCAAGUAUUCGGUCUGGAUUUCUAGAGGCGCAGGUCUGACGCUUUCAUUUGACGCGACCUUGAUUCUGCUGCCCAUGUGUCGGAAUAUUCUUCGUUGGCUGAGACCCCAGAUUCGAUGGCUACCCUUAGACGAGUCGGCUUGGUUUCAUCGUCAAGUCGCCUACGCCAUGCUGUUUUUCACUUGCGCUCACGUUUCAGCCCAUUAUGUCAAUUUCUACAACAUCGAAAAGGAUCAGAUUCGCCCUGAAUUGGCGGUCGACAUCCAGUGGAAGCAAGCAGGAGGUAUCACGGGCCAUGUCAUGCUACUAUGCAUGCUGUUAAUUUACACGACUGCGCACGCCCGAAUCAGACAACAAGCCUUCGAAACAUUCUGGUACACGCAUCAUCUGUUCAUCCCAUUCCUGCUGGCCCUGUACACUCAUGCUACGGGGUGUUUUGUCCGGGAUAGUAAAGAGCCCUAUUCCCCAUUUGCGGGGUCUAAGUUCUGGGGCCAUUGUUUAGGAUAUGAGGGGUGGAGGUGGGAGCUCGUCGCAUUUACUUUGUAUCUCUGCGAGCGAAUCUACCGUGAAAUCCGCGCUCGUCGAGAGACGGUGAUUACCAAGCCGAGCAUGAAGUACAAGGCCGGCCAGUGGCUGUUUCUACAAGUCCCCGAAGUAUCCACCACCCAAUGGCACCCUUUCACCAUUACUUCCUGUCCUUUCGAUCCAUACGUCAGUAUCCACGUCCGCCAAGUAGGAGACUUUACUCGCGCACUGGGAGAUGCGCUUGGUUGUGGUCCUGCGCAAGCCAAAGACCUCGAAGGCCUGGAUCCAAACGGGAUGUACGAAGUUGCUCUGCAGAAUGGCCAGGUCAUGCCGCGACUGAGAGUCGACGGGCCCUACGGAGCACCAGCGGAAGAUGUGUUUGAAAACGAAAUCGCGGUGAUCAUCGGAACCGGCAUUGGUGUGACGCCCUGGGCGUCCAUUCUGAAGAACAUCUGGCAUCUCCGCUCGAGUCCAAACCCUCCACGCCGUCUCCGCCGUGUCGAGUUCAUCUGGAUCUGCAAGGAUACAUACUCUUUUGAAUGGUUCCAGGCCCUGCUCUCUUCCCUCGAGGCCCAAUCCGCUGAAGCCGCUGCGUACGACACGCACAAUGAAUUCUUGAAGAUCCACACAUACCUUACCCAGAAACUCGAUACCGACACCGCGGCGAACAUCUACCUGAACUCCGUCGGUCAGGCUCUGGAUCCUUUGACCGAGUUGCGCAGUCGGACCAAUUUUGGCCGCCCGGACUUCAGGCGCUUGUUCGUGGCUAUGCGCAACGGUUUACAAGACCAGUCCUAUAUGAGCGGAUUGCAAACCUCGGGUGCCACCAAGGUCGGUGUUUACUUCUGUGGACCAAAUGCAGCUGGAAGGACGAUCGGCGAAGCGGCCAGAGCCGCAUCGACCAAGGACGUCCGUUUCAAAUUCUGGAAGGAACAAUUCUAA